UCUGAAACGCCCCUGGGCUGUUCGCCUUGCUCCCAUCCCUCGCCAACUUGAAGGCUCUCACCCCCAGUCGCCACCGUUGAGGCAAUCUGUCACCUCGUGUUCUUUUUGAUUAUAGAGAAGACAUGGAGUUUGUUAACAGAUUAGUUGACGUGGCAGCGAGAGCUAUGAACAACAACAUAGUGAUUGAUGUUUGCCUACUUGCUUCAUUUGCAACACUGGGAAUGAGAUCAGUGCACCAGCAAAAGGUCAUUGAGGCUCUAGAGGCCGAGAAGGAAAAUCUUAUCAAAUCCAACAAGGCCAUGAGAAAGACCAUGUGGGAUUGGAAACAACAGCUUUUCAGUGAAGCCUCAACUGAUUCUGCAUUGGUCCCCCUCACAAGGCUUCGAGCCAUCUAUGGCGAAGCCCCAACUGCUCAAUCUGCUGCCGGAGAUGCUGCGAAAUCUUCUGGCUCCGUCAAAUUUAUUGUGUGAAAUGUGCUGAGUGAUCAUGCUCUUGAGAAAUUUUGGCAGUGAAUGCCUGUUGAAUAAACUAUUUAAGAGAUAAGAAUUAUGUAAUGCUGUCAUGCCUGGUUAUUUUAAUUGGUAUUGGGAUUAUGCAAAUGUACAAAUGGGAGAAAGUGGAAGGUGGCACAGAGGGAAAAAAAACCAUCAAUGAGCGAAAUUGAAUAUGCUUGUUACCAUUUUAUUGGCGGAUGAACAAUUAAUGAACUUCUUGGAAGCUCGUUCUACUUUACCUCCAUGAUUCAUGUA